AAAGUUUAAUGCUAGACCAGCGAUGGCUUUUGUGCCAGACUCGGCCCGUUUCAUACCAUCACAGACACUGACUUUCAAACUAUUUUUUUGGAAAAUUUCAGUCCCUCAGUGCCUACGCGAAAAGAUUGGGAUUUUGUACACCACCAUGACCGACAAGUAUUCCAAGCUUAAAGUCAAGGAAUUGCAGGAGUUGUUGCAGAAGCACGGCCUGCCACAUUCGGGUAAGAAGGAUGAGUUAAUUGACCGAUUGGUCAAACAUGACGAGAAAAAGAUGGAUGAUUUGGCAUUGGAAGAGGAGUUCGGCAAUUUGGAAGAAUUCGACGAAGCGAAAUUAGAAACUAGCACAGGAUCCGGAAUUUAAAGCUAUGCAAGCCGUUGAUACCGAAAAGCAGAACACAGCACCGAAAGUUGAAAAAACAGAGGAGAUAAAAGAACCAGAGGUGCAAGUCAAGCCUGGCAGCGAGUUUAAAUUCACCCCCAUCAAGUUUGAUGCUCCAGCCGACUCCACUGCCACUACCGACGCAGCCGCUAAAUCAGAGGCUGAGAAACGGCUGGAAAGAGCUAAGCGAUUUGGCGUACCAGUCAAGGACGAGGUCAAGAAAGAGCUUCGUGCACAAAAGUUUGGAGGCAACAACGCACCAGAAACUGAACAACCAAAAUCGCCCUCUCCAGCUGCUGCCAAACCCGCUCAGACGGAUGAGGCUCUGAAAAAGAGAGCUGAGCGAUUUGGUCUACCUACAAAGACUCAAAAACCUGCUGGCGGAAAGGUUGCUCAAAAUAAACCUGCACCUGUGUUGGAUCCAAUUGAAGAAGAAAAGAAGCGAAAGCGCGCAGAGCGAUUCGGUAGUAAACCUGAAGAGUCGGUUAAAAAGACCAAGGUAGAAUGAUGAUAAGGAUGUUGUUUUUGAGCUCUAAAAUUAAAAGGAUCAAAGUAUACAAUGAAAGAUGAUGUAGUAUGGUUUUUGAAUAGUUAUAUUAUAUAUAAAAUGAUGAUACUAUGGAAUUCGUUGUUAAUUUUCAACUCACA